AAAAAAUAGCAACUCAGCUAACAAAGAGUAAUAUACGGAUAUAACAUAACCAAUUGCUAGCUGUUUAAUAAAUUUAUCAAAUUUCACAUAUUAAGAAUAUAUUAACCAGCACAUACCUUACUCUUCAUACCGUCGCAGGUUCACUGGUCGAUCCUAAGCUUUCUCACAAGUCACUGAAAUAUAACUUGCAAAGAUCUUUCUCUUGCCCCACCAACUCCACGUCUCCACCUUCAAAACAGAGAACUGCUGCAGCAGCACCAUGAGAAACUCCUCCUCAGCCAGAUCUCCUCACCAAGCUCAAGAUCACAUAGUUGCUGAGAGAAAGAGGAGAGAAAAGAUUAGCCAGCAGUUCAUAGCUCUUUCAGCUCUUAUUCCAGGCCUAAAAAAGAUAGAUAAGGCCUCUGUUCUGGGGGACACUAUACAACACAUUAAACAGCUCCAAGAGCAGGUGAAGCUACUGGAAGAGCAAAGCAAAAGGAUAAACGCAGAAUCAGUGGUAUAUGUUGAUAAAUCUAAGUCCGAAGAUGUCUCAGACACAUCCUCAAAUAAUGUCUCACUGCCUGAAAUUGAGGCAAGGGUGUUAGAGAACAAAGUUUUGAUCCGAAUCCACUGUGAGAAACAGGAGGGGGUGCUGAUGAAUAUACUCAGAGAGAUAGAUAACCUUGAUCUAACAGUGAUCAAUAGCAGUACCUUGCAUUUCGGGGCCUCCAAACUGGACAUAACCAUCAUAGCCGAGAUGGAUGAUGAGUUCAAGCUGAGCGUGAAGGAACUGGCUAGAAAGCUUCGAGUGGGGCUCUUGCAAUUAAUGUAGCAUUUAUUCAGUUAGAGGUCUUUUCAUACACAUGCAUUAGCAGCCCUCACUUUAAUGUAUUACAUUAUGGAGUCAGUAAAUGUCAUGUCCAUCUUCUUAGCACUUGGAGAAAUAAAAUAGAUAGUAACGUCUCUUUUUGUUUUAGUCUGUUCAAUUUAUUCUAAACGUGUUGUUUGUUGUUUGGCUGGAAGCAUUUGAUGGUAGAUAUUUUUUUUGGUUGGGGUCUUGUUUGGUGUUGCAUGGGUUUUUUCAAGGCUUUUUGAUUCCUUAGGCUUUUCAA